UGACUGAAAUGUCCCGGAUGAGGUUGAGUCACCCGCGUUGACGUCACUCGAGCUCUGAAAAUGGCUGAGUCGGAAGAGGAGGUGGAUGUCUUGGUCCAGAGAGUUGUGAAAGAUAUCAAUAACGCCUUUAAAAGAAACCCGAACAUUGAUGAAAUUGGCCUCAUUUCGUGCCCCGAAGCCCGGUACAACAGAAGCCCCAUCGUCUUGGUGGAGAAUAAGCUGGGAGUGGAGAGCUGGUGUGUCAAGUUUCUGCUGCCCUAUGUGCAUAAUAAACUCCUGCUGUACAGGCAGAGAAAGCAGUGGCUCGAUCGGGAAGCACUGGUAGAUAUAACCUGCACAUUGCUUCUCCUAAACCCAGACUUUACCACUGCGUGGAAUGUCAGGAAAGAGCUCCUGCAAUGUGGCGUGUUAAACCCAGAGAAGGACCUUUACCUGGGCAAACUUGCACUAUCUAAGCAUCCUAAAAGCCCAGAGACAUGGAUUCACAGGCGCUGGGUAUUACAGUGGCUGCAGAAGGAGUGCUCUCCUUCUGGACAAGAACUGAAGGAUCAGGCUGAACCCAGAGGAGACGCUGUGAGGAGGAGACAGUGCGAGCGGCUGCAAAGAGCCUUGCAGGAGGAGAUGAGGGUCUGUGCAGACGCAGCCGGCCGUUACCCCAGCAACUACAAUGCAUGGUCCCAUCGCAUCUGGGUAUUGCAAAACAUGGCUAAAGGCAAUCUGAAGGUUCUGCAUGAUGAGCUGUCCUCCACCCGACUGUGGGUGUCCAUGCACGUGUCAGAUCACAGCGGCUUCCACUACCGUCAACACCUGCUCAAGGCCCUGGCCAGAGAGCUGAGCCAGGUUGGAGAGACGGAGCUCCACCCCACCCAGCAGCCUAAUGGAGAGAGCACAGCGGGCGCGUCUGAUGACAAUCACCAUAAUGACGUCAUCCCUCAGCUCUUCCACGAGGAGAUGGAGCUCUGCACUGAUCUCAUCGAGUCAUAUCCGGGCCACGAGACGCUGUGGUGCCACAGGCGACAUGUCUUCUACCUGUGGCACCAGUGGCGGAGGGAGCACCUCCAGGAGGCAGGGUCACAAUCUCCACCUCUCACCCACAUUGAUGUCCUCCUCAGCGAGGAGCCCUGUGAUGAAGCCAGUGCUUCCCAGGCCAUGGACGUUGACUGUGUUCUGGAUGGGAGCAAACAUGGAAGCUACACGCAGGACACCAAGCGACUAAAGCGGGGACCCCGGCUUCCCCACCCCGGACUUCCCUCCGAGCACACGUUUGUCUCUAGUAUCCUCACAGGCUGCCGGAGCCCCGAGCAAAGCUGCUUUGCCAUUGCCUACAGGAAGUGGCUGGACUCAGUUAUAGGUCAGUAGCGUGAGAAACACUCCACCCACCAUGAUGUGGGAGAGCUGUGAUCGGUCAACUUAUUUCUGGCUCCAACCGCCCACACCCACUUCUCUGAAAACGGCUGGACUUCUUGGCCGGUUUGUCAGAGAUGCUCUGCCGGAGCAAAUUCCCGCUCAUGAUGAAAACCCAUGACCCGUCUACACAGUCUAAGCCAGGUCUGUUUCAGCUGCUUUAGUUCAGGUACUGGAUAUCUCAGGUCUGUUAUCAGUGUACAAUCCUUUUCUCUAUCAGAAGCUACAAGUUUGUAUUUUUUUUUUUUCAUAUAGUUUGGUUGGUUUUUAUGUUGUUUAAAGACUUCCACCACAAAUCAAUAAUAGUAUGCUCUCCUCAUGCUGUCUGCAGUUUUAUGAUUCCUGACGGGAAUCUUAAACGCACACUGUGGUGCACACUUGAAGGGAACACUUAGAGCCCAAAGUGAUUCUGACCCAGUUUCCCUCUUUGUUUAAUUGAGGGCAGACUGGCUCUGAAUUCCAUCUACUGCUCCUCUUUGGACUUUUGUACUAAAGCAUGAAAAUUUUUUCAAUGAAUAUCUAGAAGUUUUGCUACAAUCAGUAACGUGAGCACAAUCAUUGAAUUUAAAGUUUCCUGGAGGCAUUUGAUAUGAAAUAUUAGGGCUAAAGACAGACAUUUUCAUGAGUUUUAAUAAUCUUAAAUAAAUAAACUGAUAACUGCACAUGAAAUUGACCGUUUCUAGGUGCUGUCCUCAUUCAGGUGAGUAUUUGUAUUAUAUGACAUAUCUGUUGCAGGGUCAGCAUUUCUUCAGUUCAUGCAGAUGAUUCUUGGGCGUUUGAGAAUAAAUGUUCCUAAAGCUCAUCAUCAUCACUCAUUAGAAUAACAAAGGCCACGUUGUCACAUGGACUAGCCUCAGCAUUUAAGCACUAGUUUUGGGUUCUAGUUCAUCCAGGUGGUCUCAGAUGCAUGGGUUUUCAUGAUGAAAGGGAAUUGCAGAAGCAGGAAUAGGCUUUUCUCAGCUUGGCCCAAGCGUGGCUGCAGAAAUAACAUGCUGCCACGUUCAAGCCCAUCUGGUGGUGGACCCCUGAGGGGCCUGGGUUUACAAAUGCUGCUUUUUGUUUAACACUAUUUUGAACUUAAAGUAUAUUUAUGCAAAUAUGAAAAGUGAAUUGUUGUUAGCUUCACUUAUGUGAUUUAUUAAAGCUAAUAAGCUAUUAGACGGUUAUGGUUGACUCACUGUUACUCAGUAAUUAUUCAACUUGUAAUAAACUUUGAAGUUUCACAGGCUCAGUCGUGUAUUGACAACUUAAUUCAUUCACAGCUUAGAGUAGGUUGUGAAAAUCUGAUUAGAUUUUAUUACAUCUCGCUCUUAAAUCAAGGACAAUGUCCAUUCUACAUAUGCAAAAACUAUUCUAGUUAGGUGAAGUCAUUUUAACAUUCUAGGAAAGCUUAUAUGAAUCAUGUCUUUCAGCAUAUCUAUAAGACUUGCACAGUUCGAUCUUAAGUUUCACUUCAUAAGUCUACUACUGUUCUUUUUUUUUUUUUUUUUGCGCACAGUUGCACAAGAACUAGAUUUAUGAAAGUAGUUGAGUUAUGUAACUUCUAGACUGACUCAGACUUUAUAAAGGGCCAUGUCAGUGUGGUUUUCUGCAUGUCUUGGAACCUGACAUUUUUAUUUUUCUUUGAGCUGCAGUAGCAAAAUUACCGGAUGUCUGUCACGGAAUUCUGAAAGGUUCCCCUCAAGAAUAAAGCCAGCUUUUCCUCCACACCAUUCCUCUGUAUAACGCAAUGUUUAGCAACUGCACUGACAGCGUUUGAUCAUUUUUCACUCUUUAUAAGUACAGGUGUGUGCAUAGGUGCUUGUUUUAUCUGAUAAUAUUAUAAGGUUUUAGCUUCAGCAUCUC